AUCAAUAACUUAUACUUUUUUAUUGCGUAAGCUUCCUCCAUCCAGUAACCAAAAUGAAAGACGAACCAGAAAACUGGAAAAUCUACGCUCCAUUCGAAGUGGUAAUCCACAACACAGAAUACGACUGCUGGGUAUCAUUUCUAGGCAAGGUUUUCAAUAUUACCCCGCUCCUGAGACAAUACAAAGGACAAAAAUGCAUCAAACCUCUCUUGGCCAUGGCUGGCAAGGAUAUAAGCCAUUGGUUCGAUGAAAAAACUGGCGACAUUCAACAUUACAUUCAUCCAGAAACUGGUGUAAAUGUGCCUUAUUGUCCUCACGGUAACUUGCCGGAUUGUCCUGUUGGAGUUCCGGCUACCUCGUGGAAGGCUCUAGAUAGACCUCCAUGGUGGAAAGAUGAAAACUAUCAGGUAGGACUGUUGAGCAAAAGAAUCAGACCAAUAAGAAUCAUAAACAUGCUAACAUCAUCAGAAGUGACAAUCAAUGUGUGUUGUGAAGACACCUUGUUGACAAUUCUAGAAAGAUAUCGUUUGUUUAACAAGGAUGCCGAAUCCUAUACUUGGAGAUAUUUGGAUAAUAAUCUCGAUAUGUCCAAGACGCUGGAGGAAAACGGUAUAGUGGACGAAAGAGACAAGUUUAUUGAAUUGGGAUUGCCUCAGAACUUUUAUUUACCCAGUAUAUUUCUUUAUUAUAAUGACGAUUUGAAAUGGGCAAAAGAUUUGGAGAAUGAUGAUGAUGAUUGAUGAAAAAUAUACAAAGUUUUAUUCAUACAUGUUAAGAUAGAAACUUCAAUAUUUCACUUAUUUAAAACUCUUGCACUUCACAAGCUUUCAACUUCAACAAUUGGUUUGUAA